UCUGCGCACCAGCAUUAGUGACACAAUCGGAUAUGUUUUGAGUAAAGAUUGACUGGUCAGACCUCAGACGACGCGCAUCCUCUUUCAACUCGACCAGCAGAUAGACAAAGCCAAGAGAGAAAAAAAGGUACGGCAAUUGUGGUCAGGGAGUAGAUCGCCUCUCCAAAGGACCGCGCUUUCCGUAUUCAGAGCAGAAGAGCGACGAACGGAGAUGGCUCUUUCAAUAAUCCAUUUAAAGCCCAGCUUGCAUGUGUGGAAUUUAUGAUACCACCAUAACUGUUGCCAGUGGUAUUCGUUUUGAGAGUGUAGAGAUAAUUUUCGGUCGGAGAGAAAAAAUGGACCCAUCUCCCAGCAAGCAACUGCUUGGCUCCAAAAAAAGAGUCAAGAUUCAUCCGAACACAGUCACAGUCAAGUAUGCCACCCACUUUCCCCAGCCAGGGGACGAGGGUUACGAUGAUGCACCCUCCUUCGAGGAUUUUGGCACUUUCCUUGAGGAGACCUCGGACAAGAAACGCCUCACCGAAAGCAAGCAAAGCAGGACUUUCUUUGGUGCCAUCGGUGGCCAGUCUAAACCUGCCACAGAGCCGAAGGACAAAGGGGUGGGAGGGCAACUGGCGAGUUUCGGGGAGGCGUCUGUGUUCGCCUCGCGGAUGACAUGGGCCGUCCUGUUUGGAGCGGCCCUUGCCCACGGUUGCGUGGCUCUCAUUACACGCCUGGCUGCUGACCGCUCCAAAGUGCCAUCCCUGGAACUCCUCUUCAUCCGCUCCGUCAUCCAGUUGCUGUCCCUCGGCGUGGUCUACUACUACAAGGAGGCCCCCUUUGGGCCUGAGGGCUACAGGCUGCGACUGUUCUUCUACGGCGUCUGCAACGUCAUCUCCAUCACAUGCGCCUACACCUCCUUCGCCAUUGUGCCACCCAGCAACGGCACCAUCAUGUGGCGUGCCACCACCACGGUCUUCAGCGCCAUCUUGGCCUUCCUGCUAAUCGACGAGCGGCUGGGCACGACAGACGUGGUAACCGUGCUGACCAGUGUGUUCGGCCUGUGCCUGGUCAUGAUCCCCAACAUCCUCGGCGAACACAUGUCCCUGGGCUUCUGGAAGGAGGCCUUCGGCUACACCAUGACAGUGAUGGCUGGCCUGACCGCCGCCCUGUCCAUGAUCAUCUACCGCGCCAUUAAAGAGCGCGUGAGCAUGUGGACAGCACUCUUCACCUUCGGCUGGACAGGCACCGUGUGGGGCGCCUCCACCAUGUUCGUCCUCCAGGAGCCCAUCAUCCCUCUGGACGGGGAGACAUGGGGCUACCUCAUCGGCAUCUGCGCCUGCUCCACGGUGGCGUUCCUUGGGGUCUACUACGCCCUCAACAGGUUCCACCCGGCACUGGUCAGCACCGUGCAGCAUCUGGAGAUCGUGGUGGCCAUGUUCCUGCAACUCAUCGUGCUGCACAUGGUCCCGUCCGUUUACGACGUCAUCGGCGGGCUCAUCAUCAUCAUCAGUGUCAUCGUGCUCACUGGGGUGAAGCUCUAUUGGGUUGGGAAGAGCAGACGUCAAGAGUAUGAGGAAAUCCUUGACUCACAAUUAAAUGAGUAGAGCCUGUCUUCAGGCAGUGUGCUAAGCUACUGAUCUGUAAAUGAACAGUGUCUUGAAUGUGAAGAGCAAAGAUCUAUUUAUUUUGUAUUGUCCUGUUAACAAGUGCCAAUCAUGUGAUGACUUCAUUUUGCUCUAAAUGUACUUCUCAAGAGAAAGUGACAAAGUCAUUGUCAUCUUUCUAAAGCACUAUGCUCAUACCUAUUCCAUCAGCCAAAAUAGCUAUCUAACAAACAUUUGAUGUUUUCAUAUCACAACCUUUUAUCAAUUAAAAUGCAGUAAGGGAGAGAGGCAUGUCAUGAGCAGGAUUAUGUACUGAAAAAGCAACCUUCAAAGGGAAGAAUAUCAAUUCUUACAAAUAGAUCAUUCUGUCUGUCUAAUGGCAGGGUAUGAUGGCAUAAUUGCUGUUCAGACUGGCCUUGUGGUAAUGAUUGACCCCUAUGAUUGCAUUGGAUUAAUGAAUUUCACUGUCAAAUUACCAACAUCCUGAAACAAAGUGUGGUUCAGUUUAUGUACUGGCUCAAUAUAUCCCACUCUCCUCUAUGAUCAGAUAUGCCAUUAGUCAACAUAUCCUGUUAAUACUGAUAGGUAUUAUCAUUCUUUGACUUUGUUCAGAACAGUUUUGCUUUGCAAAACAGCAUGCUUUUCACUGCCAGUAUUACAACAAGAGGAAGAGGAACCUGCACAUGUCUCUUAGGACCGUUGAAAACAAUUUGGGCACAGUUUUAUGUGAGAUAAAAUUGGCCCGUUCAGCUACAAUCCAACAAUCCAAAGGUGAUAAAUAGAACCCUGAGUCCCUGACGGAAAAGAAACUGUGGAGUGUCAAAUGCUCGGGGCAUCCCCAGAUUAUGAGUGGACUCUUCAACUGCAGAGAUGGUCCAAUUUUAGCCUGGGGUCUAAAUAGGAGUGAUUAUGCCAAGAGGACAUGCAAUUGGUUUUAACCCAUUGCACUAUAACAAAAUGUUCUGAGCGAUAAGGAUUGAGACUGGAAUAUGCGCUGUUAUAUCAAAUGAAAUGCUUCAAAUGAUGGGUAGUAAGUACUAUCCACCAUAUUGUUUUUUUUUUUAUCUUGUGAGUUAGAUUAAUAUAUACCUCUGGGUCUACAGUAAUCUUUACACUGCUUGAGUUAUUCUUAAAUUAAGUAAUGGCAUCAUUCGUUUACUAUGAGGAUAAUGCAAUCACUAAAUGUGUUUUUAUUCAUUUCUAAAUAUCUUUAUGACUGCCAACUGGGCAAGACACUGAUUUCCCAGUUUGACUGAAGUAUAGAUAGAGUGCAAGCCUUGUCUUUGCUGUUUGAUGAUUUGCAUGUGAUGUUUUACUGUGCAGUGAUAUCUGUUUUGGUGUACAGACAAAUCCAUGAAACUGUAAAAAAAAAACAGAGUAAAAAUGUAAAUUAACAAGUAAAAGAUGACAAGCAAAUUGAAA